AUGGCACAAUCCGCGAGGAAUAUGGAAUUCUCGUUAAGGCAACUGCCCUUUCUAGCCAGAGGAUCUCAGAAAUGGGCGACCGGCCAGCAUAUGAAUAUCUUUGCUGCUGUUACGGGAACACAGUAUAGUGUCAUCAAGCCGAUUAGCACUCGUAUCGCCCACAACAUCUUAUUGUUGACGCCAAAGAUGCGAGACAAGAGAAGUAGAAUUGUGACCUUGGUCGCAAAGACUUGGGACCCGUAUAACAUCUGA